CCACAGCUGGAUUUUGAAGAUUGAUCCAGGGGACUGUAUUAAUUUCAUGAAUUGAUUUGAAAGACACUGGUUCUGCCACUUAACAGCCAUGUAACCUUGGAUAUGGAAGAAAGCAGCAGUGUUGCCAUGUUGGUGCCAGAUAUUGGGGAACAGGACACUAUAUUGACUGCUGAACGUGUCAUCAGUCCUUCAUUGGAAGUUGAUGAACAAAGAAAAGCUAAAACAGAUCCACUAAUCCAUGUUAUCCAGAAGUUAAGCAAGAUAGUGGAACAUGAAAAGUCACAAAAAUGUCUUUUAAUUGGGAAAAAACGCUCACGUUCAAGUGCAUCAACACGCUCUCUUGAAACACAAGAACUCUGUGAAAUUCCAGCUAAACUAACCCAGUCACCUGCUGCUGAUAUUAGAAGGGCUGAGAUGUCACAAAUGAAUUUUACUCCUGACACUCUUGCCCAGAAUGAUGGGAAGGCUAUGUCUUAUCAGUGUAGCCUUUGUAAGUUUCUUUCGUCAUCUUUUUCUGUGUUAAAAGAUCAUAUCAAGCAACACGGUCAGCAGAAUGAAGUGAUACUAAUGUGCUCCGAGUGCCAUAUUACAUCUAAAAGCCAAGAGGAACUUGAAGCUCAUGUGGUAAAUGACCACGAAACUGAUGCCAACACUCACCCCCAGUCCAAAGCCCAACAGUGCAUAAGUCCAUCCAACUCCUUAUGUCAGAGAGCCACAGAAAGAAAUAAUGAAAGCAUUCCUGACAUCCCAGUAAAAGUAGACAAUCCACAAACUCAUACUGUCCAAACUGCAUCCAUGGCAGAAAUGGGAAGAAGGAAAUGGUAUGCCUAUGAACAAUAUGGCAUGUAUAGAUGCUUGUUUUGUAGUUAUACUUGUGGCCAGCAGAGAAUGUUGAAAACACAUGCUUGGAAACAUGCAGGAGAGGUUGAUUGCUCUUAUCCAAUCUUUGAAAAUGAAAAUGAACCCCUAGGCUUGCUGGAUUCACCAGUAGCUUCUGCACCUGGUGGGGUUGAUGCAGUGGUCAUUGCUAUUGGAGACAGUGAACUGAGUAUCCACAAUGGGCCGUCAGUACAAGUGCAGAUAUGCAGCUCAGAAUCAUUAUCCUCUUCAUCUCCUUUAGAACAGAGUGCGGAAGAGGGCGUACACCUAAGUCAGUCAGUUACCCUUGACCCUAAUGAAGAAGAAAUGCUAGAGGUGAUUUCUGAUGCAGAGGAGAAUCUGAUUGCUGAUAGCCUACUUUCAUCGGCACAGAAAAUCAUUAGUAGUAGCCCAAAUAAAAAAGGUCACGUUAAUGUGAUAGUGGAGCGUUUGCCAAAUGCUGAAGAGACUCUCACACAGAAACGUUUCCUCAUGAAUGCCGAAAUUGAAGAGGGGAAAAACCUGAGCCCGACAGAAGCCCAGAUAGGGUGCAAAGGAACGGAUGAUGUUUAUCACACUGAUAAAUGUACUGUUGAUAUUGGGGGAUUGAUCAUAGGGUGGAGCAAUCCAGAAAAGAAAGACAAUGAGUUAAUAAAUAAAGGCCUCACUACUGAUGAGAAUGCCCCACCAGGCCGAAGAAGGACAAAUUCUGAGUCUCUUAGACUACACUCGCUAGCUGCAGAAGCUCUUGUCACAAUGCCUAUAAGAGCUGCAGAACUGACAAGAGCCAACCUUGGGCAUUAUGGGGAUAUAAACCUUUUAGAUCCAGAUACUGGACAAAGGCAAGUAGAUAGUACGUUGGCAGCGUAUUCAAAAAUGAUGUCACCACUUAAAAACUCUUCAGAUGGCCUAAAUAAUUUUAACCAAAGCAACUCUACCUUGGUAGCACUCCCAGAGGGUAGGCAGGAAUUGUCAGAUGGGCAAGUUAAGACAGGCAUCAGCAUGUCCUUACUCACUGUAAUUGAAAAAUUGAGAGAGAGGACAGACCAAAACGCUUCAGAUGAUGACAUAUUGAAAGAGUUGCAGGACAAUGCCCAGUGCCAACCGAACAGUGAUACUAGCUUGUUAGGAAACAAUGUGGUGGAAUAUAUCCCUAAUGCUGAACGACCCUACCGUUGCCGCCUGUGUCACUACACAAGCGGUAACAAGGGCUACAUCAAACAGCACUUGCGAGUCCAUCGGCAGAGACAGCCAUAUCAGUGUCCUAUCUGUGAACACAUAGCUGACAACAGCAAAGACUUGGAGAGCCACAUGAUCAACCACUGUAAAACGAGAAUAUACCAGUGUAAGCAGUGUGAAGAAUCUUUUCACUAUAAGAGUCAACUGAGGAAUCAUGAGAGAGAGCAACACAGUCUUCCAGACACCUUGUCAAUAGCAGCUUCUAAUGAGCCAAGAAUUUCCAGUGAUACAACUGAUGGAAAAUGUGUUCAGGAAGGGAAUAAGUCUUCAGUCCAGAAACAGUAUAGAUGUGAUGUGUGUGAUUAUACAAGUACAACAUAUGUUGGUGUCAGAAACCACAGACGAAUCCAUAACUCCGAUAAGCCAUACAGAUGUUCUUUGUGUGGCUAUGUAUGCAGCCAUCCCCCUUCUUUGAAGUCUCAUAUGUGGAAGCAUGCAAGUGACCAAAAUUAUAACUAUGAACAAGUAAACAAGGCUAUUAAUGAUGCAAUUUCACAAAGUGGCAGAGUUCUGGGGAAAUCCCCUGGAAAGACUGUAUUAAACAACAGUGAAGAGAGAGCUGACCCUGUCACUGGAAGUUCAGAAAAUUUGGUGUCAUCUUCAGAGCUGAUUUCCCAGGCUCCCAGUGAAGCUCUAAGUUCCAAUGAGAAUGAAAAACUGAGCCCUACAAGUAAUACCUCAUAUAGUGUAGAUAAAAACUCCGGUCUGGCCCCUCCUGGUAUGGAGUACUGUGUCUUACUGUUCUGUUGUUGUAUUUGUGGUUUUGAGUCAACCAGCAAGGAAAAUCUCUUGGAUCAUAUGAAAGAGCAUGAAGGUGAAAUUGUAAACAUCAUCCUAAAUAAGGAACACAACACAACUCUACACACAAAUUAGACGGAAUCAUUACUUGAAGAGGAUAACAGUAGAAAAGAAUUCCUUUAAACCAGUUUCACCUUUGCACUGUCAAAUAACUUACUAGACACAGAAGAAAUCAUUGGUGUGGUUUUUGAGGAAACGACAGAUGUCACUUUGGAACCAAACUAGUAAUGAAAUAAAAGGAAUUCCAACUAGAUAAGCAGUAAUAUUUAAAUAUACUAGUGAGAUAUAGAUUGAGGAGAAGGCAAAGAUGUAAUCCUGUAUUAACUCUCUGUCAUCCCUUCUUAGUGUUGAAUCUGUUUUAUUAUUAAAAGCUUAUAGUGUAGAAAUGCAAGCAAAAGAGUUAAAAAGGGGCUUUUCAGGAACUAUUCUAAAACUUACUGUAAAAGUGUCAUAAUCUUAAGCAGAGUUAAGUUUCUUUCAUUCUCACUUUGGACAUGCCAGCUCCAAGAAUGACAGACCUCUUGUGAGAAAUAAGGUGUAGCUCACAAAGGGUUUAUUUCAGUGUCACCGACAGAGUCAACAAGGAAAUGAUAAUUAGAGGGCUUUGAAGAGAUCUACUU